AUGGAUGUGAAGAAGUAUUGGUUAAGUUCAAGAAGUCAAAGGACACAAAACAUCCAGUUAGGUCGGAGCUACACAAAAUCACACAAUAGGAGCUCUUCUCCUUACACUAGCAGCUAUGAUGGCACAAAAACAUUGUGGAAGAUGCUUUGGAGAAAACUCAAGAGAUCAUCAGAUAAGAAGAAAGUCUUCAAUUCUCCCACUACAAUGGAGGGUGUUUAUGAUCCUGAAACAUACUCAAUGAACUUUGAUCAAGGAACUGGGUGGAUGGAACCAGACAACCUUCCUCGUUCCUUCUCGGCUCGGUUUGCGGAUCCAUCGAAGAUCUUACCACCAAAACAUUUAUUGGGUUAA